AUGGUGUCUGCCCUGGUCGUGGUCGUGCUGGCCGCGCUGGCAGUGCCCGUGGCAUCCCUGAACGGAGCGAGGAAGCUGCAGGCCAAGGUUGACAAGGGCCACGCGAACAGCCACAGCAAAGCAAGCAGCCGCGGGCUCGUGUACAGCCACGGACACGCGAACAGCCACGGCAAGACAGACGGCAGCCUCAAUACGAACGUCAAGAGCAACGGGAUGGCGGUGGACAGCCUCGGCAAGGCGGACAGCCUCGGCAAGGCGGACAGCUACGGCAAAGUGGACAGCUCGGUGGACGGCAAGCAGGAGAGCGGGAGCUCGGUGACGUACUCCCCGGAGGACCGAGCCGCGAUGCGCGCGUCCAUCUUCGAGAAGGAGUUCACCAUCGAUCUGGACAUGACCGAUGCCCAGAAGAAGGGGGCGACCUUAGGCCUGAGUCUGGACAUCGACACGGAUUUCCAGCCGGCCUCUGUGCUGAAGAUCCGCAAGACGGGCAUGUUGGAGGCCUGGAACAGGGAGCACCCUGACCAGGCCGUGCUGGUCGGCGAUCAGAUCAUGAAGGUCAACGACAUCCUGUGGCACCACAACACGCAGACGUUUGGGGAGCGAAUCAAGGGCCAGUUCUUGGCCUCCAAGGAGCGGAAGAAGGGAGCGAAGAACAUCCUGAGCUUGAGCAUCCAGCGCCCAAGGAGGGAGAAGCGGACGCGCUUCCCGAGCCAGCGGGAGGAUCUGCGCAGGCUGCUGUACUCGAAGGAGUUCGUGGCGGAGAUCCCGCUGCCAGCCCGCACGGGCGUGCAGGAGUCUCUCAGUCAGGCCAUGGGGUGGAAGCUCAACUCGACCGUCGACUGGGAGCCUGUAAGCAUUGAGAAGCUGCGCGGCACUGGCCUGGUGGCCAGCUUCAACUACGAGCACCCCGACAGCAAGAUCCUCGCCGGCGACGAGAUCCUGCAGGUGAACCACAUCCAGUGGCACCACAGCGCCGCGGCCUUCGUGGACCGCCUCAAGGCGCAGUUCGCCGCUGGCCAGAGGAACGGCAGCGCGCUCCAGCUCCACAUCCGGAGGCCCAGGACUGUGAAGGACGUGCCGGGAGAGCAGGUCUACACGAAACAGUUCCUCGUUGCGCUCAACCUGAAGGACGCGAAGCCGCUCGGGUGGCGCCUCAACGCCUCCGACGAUGCGGACCCCGUGACUGUCGAGAAGAUCAGCGCGCACGGCGUCUUGGACAAUUUCAAUAAGGCGAAUCUGGCCAGCAUGGUGCAGACAGGGGACACCCUCCUGAAGGUCAACAACGUGGCGUGGAAGAAAAAUUCCAAGACAUUUAUCGACCGCGUCAACCAGGAGCGGUGA